AUGGCUGUCUGUCCCCCACCUGCUGUCCUGUCGCACGUUGACUUUGCCAUCCAGGCCUUGGCCAAGGCCGCCUGCGAGCGCAUGUUCCACUGGCUGGUCCUGCACAUCAGCAAGGCUCUGGACAAGACCAAGAAGCAGGGCACCUUGUUUAUUGGCACCCUGGACAACGCCGGCUUCGAGAUCUUUGAUCUGAACGCCUUCGAGCAGCUCUGCAUCAACUACACAAACGAGAAGCUGCAGCAGCUCUUCAACCACACCAGGUUCCUCCUGGAGCAGGAGGAGUCCCAGCGCCAGGGCAUCGAGUGGCACUUCAUCGACUUUGGCCUCGACCUGCACGCCUGCACUGACUUCAUUGAGAAGCCACUAAGAGCCCCACCUGCAGGGCCCCCUGGCAUCCUGGCCCUGCUGGACGAGGAGUGCUACUUCCCCAAAGCCACGGACAAGAGCUCCAUGAAGAAGGUGGUGCAGGAGCAGGGCACCCACCCCAAGUGCCAGAAGCCCAAGCAGCUGAAGGACAAAGCUGAUUUCUGCAUCACCCACUAUGCUGGCAAGAACAUAUUUAAUGGGUACCUCUGUAGUCAAAAAGGAACACACCCUUUUUUGUGCCUUCAAAGGAACCUCCAGUACAGUCAGGAAAUGACUCUACCCUCUUCCCCCCAAAGUCCCAGACAAGCAGAUUGCCCUGGCAGGCUGCUGUGA